CGUAAAUGUUUCGACGCUGCUGGAUUUUUUUGAAACACGCGUAUUAAAGAAUUUAACUCUAUUUUUUACUGCAUAGAAGAUACUAAAUUCGGAGUUUUCACCUCACAGGCGUUCAAAAUGUCCGAUGCUCAAACUAAUCGGACUAAGCUGCAGGAAAAUUCAAACGAUAAUUCAGUCAGUAAAAAUCUGUCGGAAAAUACCGCAGAAGCCAAAGGCAGUGCCAUCGAAAAGAGUAUUGAUUUACCUGGUGUUAAUAUUACGGAGGAGCAAGCGAAAAAUCCACAGGCAGAAGAAGAAGAAGAUCUGGAUGUGAUCGAUUGUUAUACAGAAGAUUUUGACAGUGAUAUGGAACGAGAUUUUUGUCGCAAGGAAGCAGAAAAACUGCGCACUUCAACUUUGACUGUCAAUUUCGAAAAUUCUUUAUGCUCAUCGAAACCAACUACUGAGCGCAAUUCGUUGGUUAAUAAUCGUGACUGUGAGUCAAAGACGAAUGAAACCUCUUGCAAAAAAACUGAUACGAAUAAAGCAUUAGAUGAGAAAAAGGUUGAGCCUUUUCGCCAAAAUGAAUCUACAUUACCUAGAAAUAUUCCGUCUGAGACUGCGAUUAUGAUAGAUGAAGAGGUAGACGAUGAUGUGAUACAGAUUAAUGAUGAAAAUAUUGAGUCACUGUUGGACGAACCGGUCAGCAAAAGUAGAGAGGAGGUUCGACCGUGUAUAUUAUUUCGCGUGAAAGAUGAAAAAGACCGAUACCGAGUUCUGAAAAAACCGCUUGUCAAGCAGAUCAUCAUCCCUGAGAUUAGUAUCUCAGAUGAAGAUGACGAUGACGAGGACAACGACAUAGGCAGUCAUGAAUCGCUAAACCUUCAAAUUGAUCACUUCAUGGAUAAAGCUUCGGAGUUAAUUGCUAACAAGAGCUCAAAUAAAACCAUGUUGCGUACUUCAGAGCGCCAUGACAAAAACGACUCUGAUGAAGUGGAAAUGGGAUUAAAAAUUGGAUAUGGUCCGGACAGCAGUGGUUCAUGCAUGGAAAGUUUUCAUCAAGAAGAUGCCGAUUUUCAACAGCUGAAAUUGGAGUUUUAUGACAAUGUAGGUGUUAUGGACUAUGAACCGGAAGAGGAGCACAUUGAAUUAUUGAAGUGUCACAAAACGGAUGAGGAAGACGAUGAAUCAGUGAUGCCCAAAUCGAUGGUUCGCAUUAAAGAAGAGCCUGUAACACCUGUUAAGGAACGGUUGGGUAAACUAAAUAUGUGCUCCGAAGAUAUCCCUACUAUCGAUCUAACAUCUUCCGAGGAGGAGGAAGAAACAGCAAGCGAAAGUACUAACGAAAAGCGAAUAAAUGACCAGAAGAAAGAACUAAAAAAGAAGGAUGAAAAGAAAAAAUCUGAUUGCAUUGCAUUGGAACCGUUUUCUUCGGAGGACAUGGUUUUGAUGAACGAUUCUGUGGUAAGCGAAAAUUCGAUUAAUGCUCGACAACGGAAUGAUUCUGAAACAACGUCAUUGGCAUCAAUCGAUGAUUCAAUGCUUUCGAUGGGUUACAGUGACCGUGUAAUUUCAUUGCGUAAACGCAAGGUGACUGUUUUGCCGGAAGUAGCUCUGACUAUUUGUCCCAAGAAAUUAAGAAAAUGUCAUUCAAAGAUAGAUCGCGUUAAAGCUAAAAAGCGUGAUGAUCCUGCAAUGCGUGGUUACAAGCGUCGUAAGCCGCGAUCGGGAUCCAAAACAAGCGUAGUUUCGGUUUCAACUGCAUCAUCUUCGGACACUGUUGAUGACAUAUUAACAUCUAAUCCGUCGGAGACCAUACUAGAUAACAAAAAGGGAAGUGAUAAAGAAAAUCGAAGCGACAACGAUAGAAAAGAAACAACGGAUACUAAUCAGUUAAAAGAUGCAAUUUCAAAAGAGUUAGGGGCUGAAAUUCCGGUGGCAGACAGCAGUAUUUCAACUCAAGAAAUGCUGCCCAUUAACGACGAUUUUCCGGUGGCAACAACCGAUAUUGCCCUAGAAGAUAUGUUGGAGUCGUAUAUCGCUUGUGAAGAGGAACAGAAGAAUAACAAUCCGUCGUUAUUUACGAUUUCGACAGAAGAGAAACUUUUAAUGGAUUCAUUGUUUGCUGACUGUGAAAAACCGAUUCAACAGAGUGACAACCAAGAUAUCUUCGAUGUUACCCUUGUAGAACUUUCUUCCGUUCUCGAAGGAAAGCCGACAGGUGAACAUGAAAACAACUCAUUAGAUUCCAAGCAAAUUACCUUUAACUAUACGAUAUCGGAUGGAGUCAAUCCUCCAACGGUUGUUCCAGUACAUUGUCGCGCAGAUCAGGAUUCCAUAACUAUACAGACAGGCACACAGAAAGGUCCCCAUUUCAAAGUAAUUCAGAACUACGAUCGCUACAAGAAACUGUUGCAAAACCGAGCCAACAAACAGGCAAAAGUGGUUGAACAAUUAGUACGUCCGAAAACCAACCGGAAGCGGCCAGAUUCGGAUGAAGAGUAUCGCCCAAAAAGUUACAUGAAGAAACGAUUGUUUGCACGACCACGUAAACGUCCAUCUCAAUUAGUUAAACCCAACCAGUUUUUGCCAACAGGAGAAUAUCUGGUGAGUGAUGAUGCUGCAGAUGUAGCGCAGCCAUUCAAAAGUAUGCCUUCAUUGGAGGAAGACUUGGCAUUGACCAGCUCCGAAAGUAGCUCCGUAGAAAAUAGUACGAUUGAGUCUUGUUCGAAGGCAUUGGUGUGUGAUCAAGAUAAGCAAGGCUCUCAGGAGAAGAUUAAUAAAGAGGAAAAUGUGAUCCAGGUUAUACAGAAGGAGGAAGGUACGGUCAAAGCGUCAACGGUUGGAAAAGUUACGCCCAAGGGUACCCGUAAACGUGGUCGUCCCAAGCUGCAUGGGUUGAAAAUCUGCGAUUACUUCUGUGCGUCUUCUGGUCAACAGAAAACUUUCUGUACAGCGUCAUGCUGUCAGUCUGGUUCACAAGCAUCGAUAACUGAAAGUGGAACUACCGGUGUAAAAGUCGUCAACAAAAAGGUAACAAAGAAACGGAAGAAGAAGUCUGUUGUUAGUUCAAGUGAGGUGGAAACCGAGUCACUCGAUGGACAGGGUAGUUCGUGUGCAGAAGAUGAAAGCGUAUCAGCUACUACAGUUAAAGAAGUUGAACAUACGGAAAAUUCUCAUGAUCUAGGUGCUUCAACUGACCUAAAGAUGAACAAUGUACAAGUUAUAAUUUCACCACUAACGGAUGAAAAAAUCAGAAAAAUCAACACCCCAAAAAAGAAAAGAUCCAAAGGCCUAACCAAGGCAUGCCAGACGGAGAUCAGUGGUUUGACUUGGUCUGUGAAGCUUGAUCAGAUCGAUUUUCAUUCCGAGCACUUCGAUAAGCUGCGUGUUUUGCUCAACAGUGGCGCAACACGAUGCGUCUUACGUCGAGUGUACAACGAUGAGACGAAGCAGCCGAAAGUUGAUCGCAAACUUACUUCGGAUGUAUCCGCUGAUUUUAGCCAAAUAGAAAUGCCGACUCGUGCAGAUCUACACCGAUCGAUUGGUCCAGCUCCAGUCCAUCCUCCGUCUGAUCCACCGGUCUCCCAAGUAAGAAGUGAUGUAGAAGAACUGUUGUUCCAGCGAGAAAAGGACGAAGUUGAUAUUCCUCCAUCGAAACCUGAUCAACAAGCACGCGAACAACUGGAACAAACGGUGAAAAAUGUGCGGUCCACUUUCCGUAUACCUAAGCUUGUAAAACAACCUUCCACAUCUCCUCAACCUGUGACCUCGUCUACGCAAAGUGUGCUAGAGUGCCCCGGUAGCAAAAAUGAAGAGCAAAGGUUUGCUCGUAACAAACAUCGUUCGGAAAAAGUUCAAGGUGUGGUAAAAGAUAGCUGUUCAACUCGCAAUGAUGAUCCUGACUACGUAGAUGAUGAAACUGAAAGCUAUCGCACGUUCGUUACGAAACCACAAGACCGCGAGGGCUUCAGAUCUAAUGUUGCAGUAUCGGAGAAUUUUGAACCAACAGCUAGCAUUCGAGGCAAUAGUUCUUCCGAUUUGAACAGCCCGCUGAGUUUUGCUAAUGCACUAAACGCCAACUAUAUUCCGGCAGCUCGAAACGAACAUGAGAAUCAAACCAAUGCGACGGCAGUGUCCUGUAAAAUUCCGCAGGUACCAUUGCCACUGGAAGUACGUAGUGUACUGCCGGAUCGUGCGGAAAUGAUGAACGUCAAGCGCACGAUCCGAAAUGAUGUGACACAACAAUCAACUGUUCAACCACCGCCAGCAUCUGGUCUGCAGUCCUCUUUAGGACGACCAUCGCAGUUGAUUGUGGAUGAGUACAAGUUCAAUCAGCCUUCGCUACCUGGUUUUCAUACAUUCGGUUCAUUUACACCGUACGGUGGUAAUAACAGCGCAGCGUUCAGCAGAGGUCUUCCAGUGUGCAACGAAAUGGAUAUUAAACCUUCUAUCUCGGGGGCCUACAAUGCAUGGAACAAUUACGGUAGAAAUGAUAUGAUGAAUACCGUUGGUCAUCCAGCAGGAAUUAAUGAUUUCGUUGCUAUGCUCUACGAGCAAUUCAAACAACAGAUUCCUCAGGGUCCUACACAUAUGCCCAUGUUUGGUCAAUGGCCUCCACCAGUGAACAUCGCGCCAACCGUUGCUCCCAGUAAUCCCACUGGACAUCCAACUGAGACAGUGGAGAUGAUUUGCUAUUUGUUUGGUUGUUAUGAUUUCCUAACUGACCGAUGCAUAAAGGUGAACUGUAGAUAUUCGCACGUAUUGCCAAGGGAAGAUGAAGUUCUACAGAAAUUAAUGAGCCACAAUUGCGAGUUUAUCAUGACGACCUAUCGACUAGUGUCCAAUCGAGACGACUUGUUCGUCAAAUAUUUCCCGGUAUAUGCCACGGUAAUGGGCCGAAACAAAAUGCGUCACCAGUUGGUUACUACCAUCGCAGAUUGCGAAAAACCGAAAAGACCCAUGCAAUACUAUCGUUUCAUUGUCGAUGGCCUGAAAAUGAGUGGAACUAAUGCAGUGCAAGCAGUUCAAAUUUUGCUUGAGAAGCACAAGAAAACCAACUUCCACCAGAUAAACGUUUUGAUAGAUUUGAUUUUAGAUACCGGAGAAGGAGUUGUUAUGUUUCACCGAUGGUUAGAAGAUUUCUUUAAUGUUAGAGGAUUUUUCUUCGAUAUUCCAGCCAUAAAUAGAUUAGUCGAUAUCUAUAUCGGUUGUGAACAGGCGCCUAAGGAUUUAGCUAAGCUUAUUUCAAAACUGGUUCUGAAAGUCAACACCGGUGAAGAACAGUUGAUCAAUACUGCGGCCUUGCUAGAGUUCGUAAAAAAAGUGCGGCAAGACGUGGAUAUGAUCGUAGACGUAGAGGAGAUUGUCCAAAAAUACGGUAAAGUAGUAAUGAGAUCUUAGGUGUUAGGCCAAACAGGACUUUGCGUUAAAGUUUCAAGUAGUGUUAAGCGCCAUUUUUAUUUUGAAUGUCGCUCCACCGCGACUAUAAACUGACAUGAAGUCACUUUGUUUUGAUUGAGCUCAGAGAGCGUUGAGUUUUUUUUGUACUACUAAACUUAUCAUUAAAACAAUGAUA